AGAGUCUACUGUGUAAAUUCGUGAAUAUAAAUUAAAGUAAUGGCAUCUGACUUGAAGGAUAAACAGCUUUUGAGCUCAAGUACUAGGCAAGUGCAGUGUAUGUGUGAGUAAUUCAGCCAAGUACACCUGCCCAGCAUGCAGUACGAAGACUUGUUCUUUUGGGCUGCGUCAAAACCCACAAGAACGAUGCGAAACUGUUGACGGGAAGCGAAGUAAAACUGCAAUGAUUCACAAAAGAAGAUAUGGGCAACCUCACUUUACUCAGUGAUUACAGAUUCCUUGAGGAGAUUGACCACAAAUUGGAUGACAAUCAUCGUCACCCACUGAGACGUCAUAUCAUGGUGAGGCAUGGUGAAAGACAGUCAUUGCCUCAUUUUUUGCAGCGUCUGAAGAGUGAAGCAUGGAAUCGAGGAACCCUUUUAAAGUUUAUGCCAAGCCAUUUUGUUGCACAUCAAGAAAAUUCAACGCGUUAUUACUUUAAAGAUGGCAUAAUAAGAUGGCAUGUGAAAUGGAUUUUUCAUCAGGCAGAUGUAACAUUUGUUGACAGAAAUGUAGAUGAAAACACCACUAUUGUCAAACUUCUUUCUAAGUACUUAGAGCCAAAUGACAGUUUGAGUCUAGAAGAAUCUGAAAAAUUAGCUUUUUAUCAUUCAGCUUCUUACGGGAAAGUCGCUGUCCUGAUGCAAACUAAUGAGAAAGGAUCUGUGCCUGCCUUUGAAGAAGUUUUUGUGAAAAAAAGUCUUCGUUUGAACAUGGCAAAUAAAACUGUCAUUGAGUAUCCUGUAUUUUAUGUUGUUCUUCGAGAUCAUAUUCACUCUUACCUUGAAUAUGAAGCUGAUGAUCAUGACGAUUUGUUUUGUGAAAAAGAGCAAAAAGAAGAGGUAGAUGAAAGCUUAGGAUAUUUCUGAAUAUGAAUCUUUCUCAUUCUUAACUCAUAUUUAGAAAGAAGUGGCAUUCAUCAUCAUCAUUAUCAUCAUAAUCAUCGUUAGUAAUGGUUUUAUGUCAUCCUUUCCCCAUGUGAGGUUAUAUGUAGAGUAAGUUUUCUUCACUCAUCUUUCUUGUGUAUUCAAACUGAAUUCCAAUGUAUUCUGUCUUCAUUUCUUAAAUACUGUUUUUCUCAUCAGAGCCAAUCAAUCAUAUAUUUUGCCCACAUUUAUGGCCUUAAAACCCCUAGACUCAGUUAUUUGUCUAUAUACCUCAUACUGUACACUACAGUAUAUGUAUUGAAGAGUGGAGUGCUGGUAACAGCUUGAUCUAAGUUUUCCCCAGCACUUUCCUACAGGAUUGAUCAUGCUAUUUUUCAAUUUAACAAUUUUUUAAUUUCAUUAUUUAUUAAAUAAUUCCUCAUUCUUUUUAUCCAUUUUACUUUGUUUAACCAUAGAUAAGGGAUCAACUGGUAAUCUCUGCACCUAAGUACUGCCAUUGCUGUUGUGGUCUUCUGAUUAGCUGUCAUUGCAGUGAAAGCUAGCAAAGUACUAAUCACAGUAUUUUUUUCUGAGAAUUAUGCGUCUUAUUAUUGUUAGUAAUAUUCCAGUUAUUGUUUCAUUAUUAUCAGUGAAG